UUAAAAGAAUUGAUAAUAAAUAUUAUGAUUUGGUGGCCAAACCUACCAAAUUACUAAGCAUUUGCCUAGAUGUUUGGUAUAUGAUUUGGCGAAUGAAAUUUGAUUAUAUAAAACAUGGAAAGUUUUCAUUUUUUUUCCUCUACAUCUCAUUGCAUAAAUUCCAUUUUAAUUUGACCUAAAAAUUAAUUUAAUCCAUUUUCCUCAAGAACUUAAUUAAAACCCAGAAAUUUCAAUUGGGUAUAGUGCUUGGUUUGAAGAAGAGAAUGAUGAACAGGCAAUUUCCAACUCAACAAUCUAUUCUUGGGCUGUUUGUUGGCAAUAUGGCCUAAAUAUUAAAAGCAAAUCACGCUUAAUUAUCCAAUAUAAGGACCGACACAAAAUAGAAGCACAAAUUAGAUAGAAAGAAAGAGGGUUGUGACGAUCCUGGGAUAACAAUUUUCUCGCUGCAUUUCAAAAGGGAUGGUGUUUGGUUGCUCAGAAAACAGUGGACAACGUAAGGGAAAUCAUGGGAUUGGAUAAUAUUGUACAAAGAAAUCGAUAAUAGACUAAUCAGUUUCAUGAACUUGUUUUGAUGAAUAUUUUGUGUUUUUAUGGCAUGAUCGAGGAACUAUUCAAGAUUUUGUUCAUUUUUCCUUCUCUUUCCCUCUUUCCAGCGAGCAAUCUUACUGAAAUUAGUUUCAUGAUUUUAUGAACAGUAUCGAUGAUGGUGCUGCUUGAUGUCUGAUAUUUUAGCGAUUACAAAAGCCAUUAGUAUAAGCAAACACACAAAGAAAACGAAAAAAAAAAAAAGAAAUCGAAUCGGAGGCUGUUUCGUGUUGCUUUUGAUUGGAUCAAGACCUGAAAAGACUAAGCUAUUUAUAAUUUUGACAUUCCAAUGGUAGAAUUAUAGAUGAUAAAUGGCUUAAACAUUUGGGAUACUCUCCUUUUCUGUUGAUCUUUUAUUCCAUUUCUCUUUUCAUUAACUUUUUGCAGAGUGAACAUGUUUAUAGAAACUAUAAGUCUUGGAGAAAGAGUUUUAGUUUUCAUUCUCAUAGUUUUGGACCCUCCUAUAUUGAAUUUUUGAGUGAUGGGUAGUCUUUGUACAAUUUUUCAGAUAUUAUAAAUUUCCAUCCUUCAAUCUCGAAUGAUGUCAUUUUAGCUUCAACUCGUGUUUUCUUUAACUCUGAUAACAGAUUUCGAUUAGUAAUUUGGGCUACACAUCAUGAAAUUCAAAAACGGGAGUAAGCUGAAAAUAUUGAGCAAAAAGAAGGUGCCUUUAGGACCACAAUGUUCUAUGGAAGCGAUAAGAAGCGACGGCGCCAACUAUAUAGUUAGACAUGUUAAGUCCAAGGGUGGCAGCAACCAUGCUAUGGUGGAGCAGGUGUCUCAAAAGGUCAUCGUACCCUGCCACACUCGUUUAGAUGUUAAAGGGGCUUGGGCUCCUGGUGAUGUUGUAGAGGUGUUUGAUAACAACUCAUGGAAAAUUGCCACAAUCUCAGAGGUUUUGGGAAAAAUGCACGUUCUUGUCAGAUUACUUGGAUCCUCUCAGGAGUUUAAAGUCAGAAAAACCAAUAUCCGGGUUCGACAGGCAUGGGAAGAUGAUGAUGGUGCGAGGGUUAUGGUUGGAAAGGGAAACCAAAAUUCUAAUGGAGGGAAGCUCCAUGUCAAUCAAAUUUUGAACCACAAUCAAAAUUCAACCUCUCAAGUUCAGAAGACAAACUCAAGGACCACUCUGUGGAAAAAAGAUGACGGUUUUGCUGUUAGGAACAAAAGAAUUCAAGAUGGCUACAAUGUUGGAAUUCUGAAGAGAUCAACAGAUUGCUCGUCUAGAGCAUUUUAUGGAGCGAGCCAUAAAGUUAGAUUGAUUGAGAAAGACGGGCGAUAUGUUAAGGUGGUUGCUGCAAGUCCAACGAAGUUGUUACCUGAACUGCAGGUAGGUCCUGUUUCAUAUCUUAGAGAUUAUCUGGGUGAAAGACAUAGGCCUGAAUCUCUGAAUCGCAGACAUGGUGGCCAUUUGAAACUGGAUGUCAAGGGUAAAGAACCAGUUAGCCCGGUUCGAGAACUAAACGAUGGAGAUAGCAUUAUGUGCUCUGUUGGUAGUUGCAGCAUCAGUAGUGACAACUCAAGUGAGAUGCCUUGUGAUGUGUCUGCUGCUGUGACUGAACAAAUUGCUUGUCACUUCCCUGAUGAUCGAUCACCUCAUCAUUCGGGAUAUGAAGGCCACUGCCUCCCUACCAAAGAAGAAUUGUCUGCUGAAAUUCAUAGGGUGGUUAAGAUCAAGACUGGCGUCGUCUUCUUCUCGAUGCCAAGCGAUGGCGAAUGCCGGGGAGGUUAUACUUUAAACCUUUCUGCGGUGCUGUAUAUUCAACUCGGUACUCGAAAUCAACUGCAUAGCCACCACACCACAGACAACAAAUAUUUGGCUUCAUAUGUUAAACUUGCAUCUAAACCAGAGGCCUUAGGUUUUUAAGAGGUUCGCCAUACU